GCGAUAGGUCCAAAACGACGAUAUCCGUCGCGAGCGCUCCGCGUAUCCGACAUCCGAGUCGUCGCGCGCGCUGCUAAGCUACCCUCAGUGUCCUCAUUCAAGCGUCCGGUUAGCUCGUCUGUGCGUCCGUUCGUUCACGUUCGUCUCUCGCAGGACCAUCCGUCCGCCAUCGGUCGUAACAGAAUCGCAUUGUCUGCGUUGUCACAUCGUUGUCGUUUUCAUUAGUUGCGGCCAUUAGUUGCGUUUCCUUUAAUUUCUCGUUUAUACAUCGUCGAAAUCCGUUACUGCCGUGCCCGACCAAUAUUACUGUUAUUAGAUCGUCUUAACGAUUUUCUCUCCUUUCACAUGACCGACGCCGCCAUUUGUUGUCGCGCGUUCGGGUGUUGUCUAUCCGUCCGUUCCGCGUUAUCGAUCGCGUAUUCGUCGUCGUUUGGCGUACGCGAACCACCCGUGCAAUCUGCUUGAGUGUACACUGACGUCCAUUACACAGAGCACGAGCACGCGCGAUCAUAUAAUAGUUUUCGUUUAGUUAGACCGUUGUCGUAAUGGCCGCCAAGAGAUCGGUUUCGCCCGGGCCCAUCGACCUGAUGAAGGAAAUAAUGAGAUUGAUUGCUGAACCAAAUUCGGUGAAUAACAAGAAAAGACUGGAAGUUGCUUAUUUCCAACACCCAUCUAAGACCGUUGAUCCUACAACAUGUAAUCUAUGCAGCGAUAGUACAGGAUUUGUGUGCAGUGGACAAUAUCAAAAAUCAUUAAAUAGCCCGAAAAAAUAUGAAGAAGUUAGACUCAAGAUUAAACAAUUAUUUGAUUUUGAUUUUCCGUUCAAUCCAUUUGAAUCAUUCCUUGAAGAAGUACCAAUACAACGCAAAUUCAAUGCAAAACUUCCUGUCAGAAAACAGUUGGAUAAACUUAAAAUGAUACGCAAGAACGAUAGAUGUGUUGUAUGUAAAAAAUGUGUUCUUCAGGGACGAUUAGUGCAAUGUCAUCAUUGUACUAGACUUUAUCACCUCAACUGUUUGGAUCCUCCUAUCCGUGAUUGGGAUCAUAGUAUGAGAUGGAUCUGUCCAGCACACGAUCAGUUUUUAGAAUUAGCUUAUCCUGACGUUUUCACUCCUGGUCGUGGAUUACUGACUACUAAUAAUAUAACAACAAAAAGGUCUCAAUGUGAACUGCCAUCUCUGCCUGUAGACAAAUCUUUCAAACUGCCUAGUAAAAUUGAAGCAAUGUAUAAAAAGGCGAAAGAUGACUUUCCAACAACAUCGACAGAAAAUUCAUCUUUAAAUAUUUUAUGUGACGUUGCAUCAAUUGAAUUGGAAUCAAUUAAUUCUAAAGAUAAGAUGAAUGAAACUGGUAAUGUUACAAAUUAUAUUUCUGAUAAGUUACUGAAAAAAAACAAAAGUUCACUGCCUACAAAAUGCAGUGCAACUUUGUCUUGUAUAACUGUACCCUUUGAUAUAUCUGUACAGAGAGAAGUUAUAACAAUUGGCAAAAGUCUUAAAAAUCGAUUAUGUUUGCAAAAUAUUGGAAAUUGCGAAUAUAUUUCUGAUUAUCAUGCCACCAUCAGAUUUGAUAAAAAAACUGGAGAUUUUAUUUUGAAAAAUCUAAGUCGAUUCGGUGUUAUAGUUGAUAAUGUGUCAUAUUUUGGAAAUCGUAGACAACCAUCAAAUAAUCAUGAGCUGAAGAAAGUUAAUUCUGGACAUCAACGCCACGUAAAUAAACAAAAAAGAACAAUUCAAAAAGAUAAAAUUAUAAAUAUCGCCGCUAACAGUGAUAAAGAAAAACCACUAAUCAAACAUGCCAGUAAUAAACGCACAGUUAAUUACAAAAAUAUGUCUAAAUAUCAUACUAGUAAGUAUAAAAGCACAAAGCAUGGUUAUCAAAAAGCUCAAUGCAAGUGUUCUAAAAGACUCAUCCAAAAGGAUGGUUACCCUGGUUUUGCUAUCCUGCGAAAAGAGUCUAUAAUAUUAAUUGGUUGUAUGAAAUUUAAAUUUAUUUAUGAUGUGGGCAUAAUAGAAAUUCUCAAAGUAUGUACAGAUGAAUCACAUGCCAAAAUAGAUGGGAUGGUUGAAAACAAACCAUUAAAUGAGUCACCUUUAAAAUGUAUGUCUGAACAAGAAAAUGGCAUCAAUAUAUUAAUUGAUACAAUAAAUAAUCUUAAUUCAUUUUCCAUUAAUGAAAAUUCAGAUCAUAAAAACUCUAUUAAUGAACAAAAUAUCACUAAUAAGUUGAAUUUAGAUAAUUCAGCAAUCGGUGAAUUAUUUAAUAUCAAAGUUGAUGGUGUAUCUGAGAACAUUGUACGAGAUAGUGAUGAUGUACAACCAUUGGAAAUUAAUGCCUCUGAAACAUCAGACACAGAAUAUAUAAAACAGUGGGAGAUGAUAAAUGCUAUGUCAAGUGAUGAAAAGUCUUGUUAUGCCAGUGAUUUAAUACAAGAAGUUGAAAUCAAUGAAUCGUCUGACGAUGGUGAAACUAUUGAAGAAGAAAUUGUUUAUGAAAUGAAUUAUGCAGAGGUCGAUAAUUGUGCACCUGGACGUAAUAAUGAUGUUCAAGAUUGGCUAAUAGAAGAGAUUGUAAUUGAUGAAGACAGAAACUUUAAUGAUAAUGAACCUGGACAAUCUGAUGACUUACAAUUGACAUCAACAGUUGCAUUUCCUGUACCUGCUUGUGAUGAUAAGGACUUUAAGACUGAACAUAUGUAUUGUGCACGUAGUCCAACAUAUGAUGAUGAGACUAUUGUCAUAUCAGAUGAUGAUGAUGAUAGUGACAACUACAUAACUGAUAACAAUGACAGUGAGAAAGAUUAAGCUAUGCUGUAAAAAUAGGAAACAAAAACAAAAAAAUAAGCUUUUUUCAUUAUUAUUUUGUUAUUGAUUUAUUAAAGUUUGUUAAAGAUUUCUAAAAUAGGAGUGUAAGUUUUUUUUUCAAUUUUCCAUUGUACUUUUGCCUUAUUUAUAACUAAAUGAAGUUUUUUUUUUAUUUUGUUUACAAUUGUAGCCAUUAUGUUAGAUAAUUAUAUUAAUAUUAACAAAA